UAGGGCCCCUUUGGAACCCUGUCCACUGUUACCGGAGGGGAGGCCUGGGUGGGCCGUUGGCGACAUCCGCCCCCUUCCCUUCCCGUCGCGGGCCUCCUCAGGUACCGCCGCAGACUGUCCUCCCCUCCGUGGACGGCUCCUCGGCCUCCCCGUCCACCUCACGUCGGGCCCGCUGCCCACCGCCUCCCAACAGCGGCGGCUCCCUCGACGGCCACCAUCUUUGCCGUUGGCUUUGCCUCAGCCCCAUCAUCGCCCCACUGAGGUACUGCUUGUUGCCAUGUCCUCCUCCGGGGAUCCCGGCCAGGCCUCUGGCCAGGAUAGCCCCGUGAGCGCUGUGGGGGUAUGGUCCCUGGAGGCCGGAGGUGGCAACAGGGUGGCCCCCGGGGUCGGGUUUCCCCAGAUUGAGGUGGCUGGAGUGGCGGGGCCCGAGGUGGCCCUCGAGUCCGGGCCCCCCGGGAUGGAGGUGGCCCUCGAAUCCGGGUUGCCCGAGAUGGAGGUGGCCCUCGAGUGCGGGCCCCCCAGGAUGGAGGUGGCCCUUGAGUCCGGGUCCCCCGGGAUGGAGGUGGCCCUCGAGUCCGCGCCCCCCGGGAUGGAGGUGGCCCUCGAGUCCGGGCCCCCCGCAAUGGAGGUGGCCCUCGAGUCCGGGCCCCCCGCGAUGGAGGUGGCCCUCGAGUCCGGGUCCCCCGGGAUGGAGGUGGCCCUCGAGUCCGGGCCCCCCGCGAUGGAGGUGGCCCUCGAGUCCGGGCCCCCCGCAAUGGAGGUGGCCCUCGAGUCCGGGCCCCCCGGGAUGGAGGUGGCCCCUGAGUCCGGGUUGCCCGAGAUGGAGGUGGCCCUCGAGUCAGGGUCCCCCGGAAUGGAGGUGGCCCUCGAGUCAGGGUUGCCCGAGAUGGAAGUGGCCCUCGAGUCCGGGCCCCCCGGGAUGGAGGUGACCCUCGAGUGCGGGCCCCCUGGGAUGGAGGUGGCCCUCGAGUCUGGGCCCCCCGGGAUGGAGGUGGCCCUUGAGUCAGGGUCCCCCGGAAUGGAGGUGGCCCUCGAGUCCGGGCCCCCUGAGAUGGAGGUGGCCCUCCACUCUGGACUGCCCCCGAUGGAGGUGUCCGAAGUGGAGGGGCCUGUGGGAGGCCUCGGGGAGGCUGCCUUGGGUCUGGGUCUGGCCCGUGGCCCGGCGGGCAUGAGCGUGGAGGCCGAGGAGGACGACUCGGAUUUCGGGCCUGCGGAGGAGGACGAGGAGGAGCAGCAGGAGGAGGGUCUGAACAUCCUUGUGGACGCCCACCAGUUCCCAAUGGUUGGCUUCCGCUUCAUGUUCCUGGACCUGGUGCACUCGCUCCUGCACCGGAUCUACCACAACAACCACAUCCUUGUGCGGCCCCGCCGCGGCCGCGUGAUGGUCUGGCCCCGGGCCAGGCAACCAGACGGGCACCCCGCAGCCCCCGCAGGCCCACCAGCGUGGGCAGCUCCGGCCGCGGCCCGCGAGUCCGAGGCCUCGUCCGAGGAGGAGGCCGCCUGGGAGACGGCGGAGGAGCCGGACGAGGAGUCUGAGGAAGGCCCGGAGACCGCCAAGGGAACAACUAAAUUUCAGUAUGAGAAGCCUGCCAAUGGGGCCAACGACUCUGAAAGGGAGGAAGAAAAAGACAAAUUUAACAAAAAGCAAGAAGGAGCCGACUAAAGAAGAUCUGCCCCAGCAGAGAACAGCCCCAGAAGAUCAGUUGGCGUAAAAGAAAGAAGAUGAAGAAAAAAGAAAGAACCUGUUGUUUGUUAUUCUUAGGUUUUUCAUUUUUUAGAAGCCCAUGGGAAUUUUAUUAACACCGAUGUCAUUCCAAACUGCAUCAUCCAAAAACUGAUAUCCAAUGAAAUGUGACUCUUCGCUUAUGUUUGACAGACAUAUCUGAUAGCAUUUGUUCAAGUUAAAAAUAAGUUUGUUUUAAAUGAAUGCACUGGAGUGUAGGCAGAUUUCGCUUAGAUAAAUUAUCUUGACUCAGAUCUCUCUUUUUCC